AUGGUUCUCGAGGUACGCAUCUGCACUUCCCCGACCAGUGAUCCAUUUUACGCCCGGAUUGCGGUUUUCCUGGAUCCUAGGGUUUUCCUGUGGUGACACUGGGCGUGUCUCGUUGCAGUCGACGAUGAUCUGCAUCGACAAUUCGGAGUGGAUGAGGAACGGUGAUUACUCCCCGAGCCGUUUCCAAGCCCAAACUGAUGCUGUGAAUCUCAUUUGCGGGGCAAAGACUCAGGCACUGACAACCUUUGCGUUUUAUCCUAAUUUAAUUUCUGAAAUCAUCGUUGUCCCUACGUUGGCACGUUCCGGUGGGAGCGUACUAGAAUUAGCAUCUCAGGCUUUCUUCGUUCUCGGUGAUGUUUGACGAUUGGCCAUGUGGUGGUGUUAUGCAGUCGAAUCCCGAGAACACGGUGGGCAUUAUGACAAUGGCGGGCAAAGGAGUGCGUGUGCUUGUCACCCCGACUAGCGACCUGGGCAAGAUCCUCGGUUGUAUGCAUGGUAGGUACGCUUUUUCUUUUAAAAAAAGUUCAAUUGGACUCUCAGACUGGGAUUAUCCUGUCUUGAUUUUUUUCUUUUAGUUUGGAGUUGUUCUCCCUACUUCAUUCAAUUGAAUCCCAUUCGAGGUUUCCUUCUUGAAUUUUGAUGUUUUUUCUCUCUUUAGGGAUGUCAUGCAUGUCAUUGUGUGAAGCUUAUCUAAUAAAAUAUUUAUUUUUUUAUUACUUUUUCCUGUCCUGGAUAGUUUAUCCAUCGGGCUUGGAGGAGAGCUCUCUUUCCGAUGAUAUCCUUUUAAUAACUUUCGGAUGCGCAUUAUAUUAUGGCAUGCAAACAGCUCUCCAAAUCACGUAAAUAUUUUUUAUUUAGACUUAUAUAUUUCGGUGUAUCAUCUUUACGAAGGCCAUUCUCAGAUCAAAACUUCUGUCGCUGGCUUUGACUGGAGUGACUUUAACUUUUCAUUUCCACGGUAUAAAAAGUAUCCAAGGACUGAGUAUCCAAGGAAGUUAACAAGGAAGAGAGGGUGUUGAACUAAGUUGAUGGCAUAAAGGAAGUGCUUCUGGGACCUGAUUACAUGGCGCCUCAUCCUUGCCAGGAAUAUUUUAUGGGGUUCCAUCUUUUCUAAGACAGCAGAUCCAUAAGUCCGUGCCACCAAUCUCGCCAAGUACUGAGAUGAACCUGGCUACUGGAAUCCAGGCUCCUCAGUUGUCUCUUGGACAAUCUUAUUAGGAUUGUUUAUUGGGAUUUUAUCAACCAUUGUCGCAGCGUUUAAGGAUGCAAUUAUGGUUAUCCAUGAUGCUAGUUUAUUUCGCUGAUGACAACGUGGCAUUUGACCCGAAAGAAUGUUCUUCUUCUUUUUUUUUUUGUUUAAUUCCUUUGUCGUACUUCAUUGGGUGUUUAGCUGCGUUACUUUUUUUUUUGGGGCAUCCUCAAAGGUUAUGGCUAUUUUUUUGCUCAGGGUUGGAAGUAGGAGGUGAGAUGAAUUUGACUGCUGGAAUACAGGUUGCUCAAUUGGCUCUGAAGCAUCGGCAGAACAAGAAGCAACAGCAAAGGAUUAUAGUAUUUGCUGGAAGGUAAUUCCUGGCUUUUGGUUUAUUUUGUUUUUGCCUUUGCUGAGUUUAGAUUGGUUAUAACUUAUCGACGUUUAUUAGUCCAAUAAAAUACGAGAAGAAAACAUUGGAGGCAAUUGGGAGAAAAUUAAAGAAAAACAGUGUAGCUCUUGACAUCAUUGAUUUCGGGGAAGAAGAGGAUGGGAAACCUGAAAAACUCGAGGCUCUUCUUUCUGCUGUAAACAACAAUAGCAGCAGUCACAUUGUCCAUGUGCCACCUGGCCCAAAUGCGCUAUCUGAUGUACUCAUAAGGUAAUAAAUGCUGAUGACAUGCUGUUCAUUGUAUUUUUUAUUUGUCACUCCCAAUGGUUGACUGUUACUCCUUUGUUUGGUCCUUACCUCGAUAUUUGGUUGGAAUUAUUGUUUUCAACUGCAGCACACCUAUAUUCACGGGCGAUGGGGAUGGAGGAAGUGGCUUUGCUGCGGCUGCUGCAGCAGCUGCUGCGGGUGGCAUGUCUGGAUUUGAUUUUGGAGUUGAUCCAAACUUGGAUCCUGAGUUGGCUCUUGCGCUUAGACUUUCAAUGGAGGAAGAGAGGGCUAGGCAAGAAGCAGCUGCCAAAAAGGCUGCAGAAGAUGCCACGAAACAAGACAAGUCUGGGGAGCAAGCGGCUGAUGCUGUAAUAUCUGAAGCCGGUGGCAGCAAUUCAAGUCUUCCGAUUGAGAAAAAUGUUGAUGUUAUGGUUCGUCUCGUCUGAAAUAUUAAUAGCUGAUAAUGCUCAUAAUAGCUUUUUCUUCUAAAAAAGGAGAGGUGGUCGUUAUUUUUAUUAUAAAUGUUUGAAACACUAAUAUAUUUUCCAUUCAGGCUACAAGAAACAACAUGAAUGAUUUACGAAAUUCUUUUCUUCCUAGUCACUUUGAUUGCUUAGUCAUGCUUAUGAUGGGAAUUCUGUGACUUUAUAUUUUCGUGCCCAAAGUUAACCCAGGAUUAGGGAGGAUUAUGAAUGCUAAAGAUAUCUUCCCUUGGUUUUAGUGUGCUUGGAAUGCGUAGAGUCCUUUUGACCGAUUAAUUGUAUCUGAAUCUUUACUAUUCCAUAUGUGUUGGCAAUAUCCUUAGCAUCAUUUUGCCUAUUUCCGUAGUCAUCAUUUCCUUGACGAACUUUUAUUUGUCAGUUUUUUACCGGAUUGUGGGAUAAUAGGGGAUAAACUUUAUGCACUCUUAACAACUGACCUAGAUGAUAAGUUGGAUGUCUGUAUUCUCAAACAUGAAGGUUUUCUUUAUUUAAAUUGCAGCUGUUCAAUUCUUCUUUCAUUCGAAGGGAAGCUCUGUUGACAAUGAACUGUCAGUUUAUUUUGAAUAGACUCCUAAAUCCUAAAUAUCUUAUCUUUAAUACGAAACCAUGCGGCCAAGUUUAUUCAUUUCUUGCAUCGUGGCAUGCUGGUAUCAAUCUGGAGAAUUCUCUUCAACAAUUUAGGUUCUAUCUUUUCAGACAGAAACCAUCAUCAGAUGAUUGGGAAUAAAAUUUUAUGAUGAUGAGGAUGAUGAACAGGGAAAAGGGUUGCUAGAAAUGAAUAAAACCUUGUCUGGUGUGGUGGCCAACAAAUUGUAAUUGAAACAGUAUCAACGUUUCUCUCUGGUAUUGAUUGCUGUAUUUACUCUACUUUUGUACGGUUUCGACUGCAGUUUAGAUAACCUCCGAAGUAGACUAUCAUUUGGUAUGUCAGAACUAAUUACUAGAGGUAGUACAUUAUCGAAGAAGAUAUUGUGGGUUUUUGUUUUUGGUAUGCUAUGGUAACAUUGCUAUUGCUUGUGAACAGCUGUUGCUAAAUGUGGCGAUAAUAAUCUUUUUGCUUUAAAUGGUACAGGAUGAUGAGUCUGCAUUACUACAGCAGGCGAUUGCAAUGUCAGUUGACAAUCCUGAUGCUAGUCAAUCCACUGGUAUAGCUGAUGCGAAUAUGUCAGAUGCAGAUGACCAGGAUUUGGCUAUUGGUGAGUGUUGGCAUACCCCUUUUGAUUAUCUGAAUGCUGUCUAAUUCAUUUAUAAAUCAAUACUAUGGCAUUGCAGAUUAUGAGGCGCUGUUUUCAUUUAAUUCUCUUGCUGUUGAAUAUUUUUAGAAAACAACGAAAAGGGUGUUGAUUUCGCGGUGUUCAUCCAAUGUUUCUGGUGUACAGUAAAAGAAACCCAUAAUCUGAGUUUUUCCUGUUAGUCUGUAGAUUUCUGCCUGAACCGUAACAUUGAACAGACUACCUGUGACGCAUGGUCUUGAACACAGUUUGAUAUUUAUUUCAGGUCAAUUUAUAUAUGUUUCCUUGAAAGAUUUCAUGACAUCUCAUAGAAAUUCACUGGCAUAGAAAUUGUCGAGACGCAUUGCUAAGUGUUCUAAACUUAACGGUGUUUAUGAUUGAGCGCUCAACUUAAUUCAUGAGGCUUAUCCGAUUUAUCUUAGAGUAAUAUGGUAGUCCGUGAUAUCCAUUAUCUGUCACGAUCAUCUAAAUAUACAUCAAUAAAAACGCUUUGGCCAACUUUCAACUUUUUCAUCCGUAUUUGCUUAACAAAGAGCAGGUGUGAUAUUUCAUAUUCGUGUAUCAAGACGUCUCCCCUUUCUGCAACCUGUCACACGGAUUUGCCAUACACUAGUAGCAUUUUGGUUAUUGUCUAUUUACGUAUUGAUGUCUCCCGUUUCUCAGCACUUCAAAUGUCUGUGGAGGAUAGUGGAAAAGAUCUGUCAGCACAAACAGAAAUGAACAAGGUCCUGGGAGAUCAGUCGUUUAUGUCGUCGAUUCUUGCUUCGGUAUGGUUAACUCAAUUCCUUCGAUGUGAAUGGGUCACAAUUAUCAUUUGCAUAUGAUUUUUUUGACUAUUAGACUUAAAAUUUCCAUGCAGCUGCCAGGUGUUGAUCCUAACGAUCCUUCUGUGAAAGAUUUGAUUGCGUCCUUGCAAGGUCAGCCUGAGGUACGAAUCGUAAUUCUAUGUUGUUUCUUUUGCCUGUCCUCAAGAAAUGUUUAGCAUUUUCCAGACUCUGUGCUACAGAUGAGCUAGCGCACAUAAAUUACAUGGUCAAACCUGCCAAAGGAAAGUAGCAUUGUGAUAAUUGUUUUCUUAGAAGAGAAAAUGAUGUCAGUUCAAAAUUUUAGCAUUCCUCUGAAGUAAUCCUUAUCCUACUUUUAAUUGAAGUCAAUAAGAUGAAAGGAUACAGAUUGUGGUUAGUUUUCUUAGACAUGUACUCAGCUAACGCUGUUGUUUUCCACAGGUUUUGAUUAUGAUACAUGGGUUUGGACAGUCUGGAUUGUCUGAUUGGUGUUAUGUUGGGCAUUAGUUACUUCGAUUUCGGGAGAAAAGUUGUCAUCCUUCAAUGUUUAAAAAUGAGUUGUAUUAUUUUUAAAUAGGUUUUUGAUUUGAAUGAUGUUUAAAACGUAAUGGCAUACGUGAACAUCGCAGUCUAGAAAUCGGUUUAUGAGGUGUAAUUUUACGUUUUUUUGUGGAUAUUCGUGAGUUACAUGCAAUCGUUAUCACUCUGACAGUCAUUUUUCUUUACCAUAGGAUAAGAAAAAGGAAGAUAACCAAGACAACAAAGAGGAGAAACAAUAA